CCAAACAUGUCAAACUCUAAAAGCACAUGAAUAAAGUGUGCUACGAAAUUUAUUUUGUAUUAAUAUUUUCAAUUAUAUUUUCGACAUAAAAUUAGCAUUUGUAGUAAAAAUCGAAAUGGCAGAAAAAAAUUCAUCGAAAAUUGAAGACAGUGACAAAUGUGAUGGGUCGAGUCAUAGCGAAGCAACUACCUCUACACAUCAAAUCAAAGAUGUGCCCGUCGAACAAUUCACAAAAAAUGGAAUGGCACUCAUAGUUGAAGCAACGAAAUGUACUAAUGCAUUUCCAUCGAAUGCAUCACGAAAUCUUUAUUCAGCGUAUCCAGCAUUCAAUAAAGCCGUUCAACGACAUUCAGAUCACAUUUUAUCGAUGAUCUCAAAAGUGGUGAAACUUCAACACAUCAAAGGAAACAUACAACGACGUGACAAUGACGAAAAAAUGGAACUGUUGCAAGAAUGUAACGAUGUAAUGCUCGAGCGAAUCAAUUCAAACCUGGAUAGCAUAUCUGGAAUUCGUAAAAAUAUCGAACCGAUACUGGUUGAAACCGAAAUUAGUACAACACCAUCAACGCCAAAACAAAACGUAGGAGCUGGAAGUGGCGGCAGUUGGAAUGAACGCAAAACACCUGGUUCAGCACAAGGAAUUCAUGCCAAAUUGUUGACAGCCCGAAAUAUCAUUCGGCCGCAAAUUAAUUUCAAAACACCGGUUGAUAAUAGUGCCAAUACACCAUUCAUACCACAACUCAAGUAUAAGCCACAUUCGAUGAAACCGUUGGCAAUUUUACCGGAAUAUGAUGAUAUUGGGAACAUUGAGAGUUACUUGCAUCCGUAUGAAUUUGAACUGAGUAAAUUCACGCCAAAUGAAUGGCAACUCACAAAAGGAAGUGUAACCAAACCGAAAGAAUUGUCCGAAACCACAUUGAUGUAUGUCGAUAAAGAGAAUGAUUUGAAUGUCAUGUUAAAAGAACUGGAAGAGGCUAAAGAAAUAGCAAUUGAUGUUGAACACCAUUCGUAUCGAACAUUUCAAGGCAUUACAUGUUUAUUGCAGUUAUCAACACGCACAAAAGAUUAUAUCGUUGAUACGUUAGCAUUGCGUGACGAGCUUCACAUUCUCAACGAAGUGACGGCCAAUCCGAAGAUUGUUAAAGUGUUUCAUGGUGCUGACAGUGAUAUCGAGUGGCUACAACGUGAUCUAUCGAUUUAUGUCGUGAAUAUGUUUGAUACACAUCAAGCAUCGAAGCGUCUUAAGUUCGCUCGAUUGUCGCUCGCCUUUUUACUCAAACAUUAUUGCCAAAUCGAAGCCGAUAAAUCACUUCAAUUGGCCGACUGGAGAAUGAGACCCCUACCAGCUGAACUCAUAUCGUAUGCACAACAAGAUACACAUUAUUUGCUAUACAUAUAUGAUAUGCUUCGAAAUGAAUUGAUUGCCGAGGCACAUGGUAAAACAAAUCUUUUGUUGAAUGUUUACAAAGUAAGCACCGAUAUAUGUAUGAAACGGUACAUAAAAGUAACAAUAAAACCCGAUUCACACAUGGACAUGUAUCGAAAAUCGAAGCGAAUUUUUGACAAUCGCCAAUUUUAUGCGCUGAAAGAACUGUUCAAGUGGCGUGAUUCAAUUGCACGAAGCGAAGAUGAAAGCUAUGCAUAUGUUCUUCCAAAUCACAUGAUGUUACAAAUUGCCGAAAAUUUACCGAGAGAAAUGCAAGGCAUUUUGGCAUGCUGUAAUCCAAUUCCGCCAUUAGUUAGACAACAUUUACACGUUUUACAUCGUUUCAUUUUGCAGGCCCGUGAACAGCCACUGACAAAGAUUGUUCUCGAUGAUCAAGCAAUUAAUCGAUCAACAAUUUUAAGCAAAAAUCAAGAUGUAAACAGUCAUUUGUAUUGUCCACACGAUUUGACGGGCAAUACAGAGUUUCGAGACGAUUUACCAACGUUGCUUGGUAAUAAAAAUACGAUAAAAGUUUUGCCAGAGACGGUGCUCAGUAAACUAAAAUUGAAUGGACCAUCCGUUAGCGCCUUUCAUACGUCAAGUCGCAUCGAAAAGAAAACAGUCAAUGGCACACAAGUAAAAUUCUUCAGUCCAUAUGCACGCUAUUUGGCCGUGCUGCCAUUUGCCGAAGAAGAACGAUUGGCUGAUUUGGCGAAAAAAGCCGAAGAAAAUCGCAAACGUAAACUAUGUCCGGAUAGUAUCAUUGAUACACCAAAGCCACAGAAGCCUAUUGAAAAUGCUGAGGACAGUGGAUACCGUGGUUCAUUGAGGGAUUUCGAUAAGAACACAACACAACCACCGGCGAAGAAACGACGAGUUGAUACUCAAUCCGAUGAUCCAAUUGAAGCCAAACUUAAUGCAAUUCGCACCAAUAUAGAUCAACAAGAUCAGCAAAGCGGCACUAAUGCAGACAAUGCCAGCACAACGCCGAAGAAAAAUAAAAAGAAAAACAAAAAUAAAAACAAAACACCACAACAAUCUUCAAUGCAAAGCAAAAAACCAGAUUUUGACUAUUCGAACGUUGAUUUCAAGGAGUUUGGCGGCGGUUCGAUUGUUGAACAGAAAAACGAAAUCAAAAUGAAAUUCCAUGGAAAGGGCAAAAGUAAUAAGGCAAACAAGCGAUUCUUAAAUAUGCUGUCGAAAAAUACAAGCAACAAAAAAUAAUAACGAUAUUUUUUUUAAAUGGUCUAUUAAAUGAAGAAAACUUUAUUAAUUAAGUAAUCUAGAAAAAGAAAAAUAAAUAA